AGCUACGGUAAUUUGCAUCCAGAAACUUCGUGAGUCUGGGCACUGCGUCUAUGCUUUAAUCGACGACUAUUUUUCUUUUGUUCCCAAAUUCAAGCUCAAGGUUUUCGGCAGGAUCCAUCCACAUUGAAACAGCCAUGCCUAGGUACUACUGUGAUUACUGUGACACCUACUUGACCCACGAUUCUCCAUCUGUUAGAAAGCAGCAUAAUGCAGGUUACAAACACAAGGCAAAUGUGAGGACCUACUACCAGCAAUUUGAAGAACAGCAAACACAAAGUUUAAUUGAUCAAAGGAUCAAAGAACAUCUUGGGCAAGCUGCAGCAUUUCAGCAGGUUGGUGUGGCUUAUAAUCAUCUAAUGGUUCAGAGGCCUAACCUUCCUCCUGUUUUGCCACCACCAAGAUUGCCUAUUCCUGGAAACGCACAAGUACCUGGAAGCCAACCACUAAUGCCAGGGAUGAGACCACCUGUCUUUCCUAGACCAGUUCCUGGUGCACCAGGAUAUGCUUCUGCACCUACCAUGCCUCCAAUGUUACCUCCACCUGGUGCACCCCAGGUAUCAGGUCAACUGAAUACCAUGCCAAGGCCCCCUUCAUUAGCUCCCCCUCCAACAGUUCCAGGAAGCACUACUACACCAGCUUCCAAUGGUGCUCCUUCUAUGGUAUCAUCAGCAAUGUUUCAAGCCAACCCGCCAGCACCAUCAUCUGGAGGUUAUGAUAAUUACAAUGCCAGUGCUCAAGCACCUGAGGGCAAUCACUGACCUGGUCAAACUGUUCUCUAUGCAUAAUUCUAUCUCUGUUGGAGUCUUAUGACUAGAGCUAUUACUGUUCUCCCUACCAGCUGUUCGUCAAAUGAGGACUUGCCAUUUUGGUCAUAUAGAGUAAUCGUUGGUAUGUAGCAUGUCAAGCAUCUUGAACGCAAAAAAUAUUUUUAUAAGUUACAUUCAUGGUCCUAGAUGGAAGAUUUUUAUAUUGAGGUGCUAAUUGCUAAAACUUUUCUGACAUGACUUGUUGAUAGUUUCUAUUCUGCAAUUAAUUUAUUUUAAUCUUUUAUUAGUGAAAAA